UUAGUUUUCCUCACAGGAGAAAAAGCCAAUUCAGUAUUGAAACGCUACCCAAGAGCGAAUGGACUUUUUGAAGAAAUAAGACAGGGCAACAUUGAUCGUGAAUGCAAGGAAGAAAUCUGCACAUUUGAAGAAGCAAGAGAAGCUUUUGAAAAUACAGAGAAAACCGUAAGUAUCUUGGCAGUUUUUAAGAAACAGUUCACAGCUUUGCCUACCUUUUGGAUGUAG